AUGGGUGACAAGGUUUUCCUUAAGAUUUCACCAUGGAAAGGAGUACUACGGUUUGGUAAAAGAGGGAAAUUAAGCCCCAAGUACAUUGGUCUAUUUGAGGUGAUUGAAAGGAUUGGUCCAGUAGCUUAUAGAUUGGUUUUACUUUUAGAAUUAUCUCAAAUUCAUGAUGUUUUCCACGUUACUAUGUUAAGAAGGUAUUGUAUGACUAGGAGGGCCAAUCUUGAUCUAGUAGACCCUCUACCAGAACCAGACCGAUCCCUCAGGCAAUUGAGAAAGCGAUUGAACAUAGAGAAAGAAGAGAUCCAGAUGGUAGAUGUAGUUGCAGGUGGUUCUUUGAGAAGCAAGACACCAGAGCAAGCCUAA